GUCAAAAAUUGUGUCAAAAUCAGGUGUUCUAUCAUCCAAACACCGUAUUGAUGUGUAAAAAGUAUAGGUAACUUUCGAUGAUAAUGAUUAUAAGACCUAUUAUUUAGUAAAAUAAACAAAUAUUUAAGAACACGUAGAUUAAAUAUAUCUAACGAUGUACCCUCGUGCCUUCUUGUGUUUCCUUUGCUUAUUUUUAUCGCAUUAUGUUGCACCAGAAGAAAACCCUGUUUAUGAAUAUGGACCUGAUAAUUUUAAACAACAAAUAGAAGAAAUGGAUGGAAACUUUAUUAUGUUUUAUGCUCCAUGGUGCCGUCAUUGUACAGAUUUUCAUCCAAUUUGGUCAGAAUUAGGAGACCUCGUAAACGGAAAGGAGUCGAAUUUCGCAAUAGCUCAAGUAGACUGUACAGUACAUUCGAAAUUGUGUCAAGAGAAUGAAAUUACAGGAUAUCCAACAUUAUUGUAUUUCCAUAAGAACUCAUUUUCACCUGUUGAAUACAAAGGUACGCGGGACCUGCCUUCAUUAACUCUCUUCUUGAGUGAAGUUUUUACUAUGAAAUCUGAGGGUUUGGAAGCCGAAAAACCUUCAUCGGAAGUAAAAAUAUACAGUGGUAUGGCUUAUUUAAAUGAUCACAAUAUUGAAAAGUUCAUAUCGAAAGGACAACAUUUCAUCAUGUUUUACGCUCCGUGGUGCAAAGCAUCUCAGAGUUUAGCUCCAAAAUGGGCAGAGUUAGCUGUCCAGUAUGCCCACAAUGAUUACAUACAAAUAGGACGAGUGAACUGCAUGGAAAAUGAGAUGACAUGCAAAAACUUUGACAUAAAACAAUAUCCAUUCUUGCUCUGGAUUGUCAAUGGAAGAAUAAUGGGUAGAGCUGAAGACUAUACAUUUGAGGCACUCAAAGCCUUUGUAGAAAAAAUGUUGCUAACUGAGAACCAUGAUCCCGAUAAGUUUAUGAAGAAGAAGAAAGCCUUUCCUGUUGCCAGAAUAUCAGAAGAGACAUUUGAAACCUUUUUGGAGAAAGAUUUAGUUUUUAUUAAUUACUUUGCUCCUUGGUGUGCACAUUGUAUGCAGUUGAACCCACUCUGGAUAAAAUUGGGUGAAAAAUUCCAAAAUGAAAGUCGUGUUUUGAUAGCUGAUAUCGAUUGCGUUAGAUCCAAAGCAAUAUGUGAUACGGAAAAGAUAAAUGGUCUGCCCACAUUAAUUCUUUAUAAAAAUAAAAAAGUAGUUAAUGUAGAUUACGGAGCAAGGCCAUUGGAAAGCCUCAUAUCAUUAGUCAAUGAACACCUUGAAGAUUUUACGACAAAACCGUCUCCAGAAGAAAAUGUUACACAAGAAUCGACACCCCCCAAAGAUGAAUUGUAAAUUAUUUGUACUAAGAGCAAUAAAUUAUUUUAAUUAUU